CGCCGGAUGUGACGUUCCCGGAAGCUUCGAGUAUUACCCGCGAGUAAAGAUCGUGGUGGUCCCGAUGCCUGACCAUGGCGAUGUGAGCCUCCCGCCCGAGGAGCGGGUGAGGGCUCUCUCCCAGCGUGGCAGUGCCGUCGUGGUGAAUGAAGACUUCCCGCCCCGGCGCUACUUCCGCUCUGGAGUUGAGAUGAUCCGAAUGGCAUCCGUAUACUCUAAGGAAGGCAACAUUGAGGAAGCCUUUAUCCUGUACAACAAAUACAUCACACUCUUUAUUGAGAAGUUACCAAAGCAUCGAGAUUACAAAUCGGCAGUCAUUCCUGAAAAGAAAGACACAAUAAAGAAAUUAAAGGAGGUUGCAUUUCCCAAAGCAGAAGAACUGAAGGCUGAGCUAUUAAAACGAUACACCAAAGAAUAUACAGAAUAUAAUGAGAAAAAGAAGAAGGAAGCAGAGGAAUUUGCCCGAAAUAUGGCCAUCCAGCAAGAAUUGGAAAAGGAGAAACAGAGGGUAGCACAACAGAAGCAGCAGCAGCUGGAACAAGAGCAGUUCCACGCCUUUGAGGAGAUGAUCCGGAACCAAGAGCUGGAAAAAGAGCGACUGAAAAUUGUACAAGAGUUUGGGAAGGUGGACCCUGGCCUGGGUGGUCUUCUGGUGCCUGACUUGGAAGGUCCUUCUUUAGAUGUGUUCCCUGCCUCACCUGUCUCAUCCACACAGCCUGCAGACUGUAACACAGUUAUAAGACCAGCUAAGCCACCCGUGGUGGACAGGUCCUUGAAACCUGGAGCGCUGAGCAACUCAGAAAAUAUUCCUACAGUUGAUGGAUUACGCCAUGUGGUGGUACCAGGGAGGCUGUGUCCACAGUUUCUCCAGUUAGCCAGUGCCAACACUGCCCGGGGAGUAGAGACCUGUGGAAUUCUCUGUGGAAAACUGAUGAGGAAUGAGUUUACCAUCACCCAUGUGCUCAUCCCCAAGCAAAGUGCUGGGUCUGAUUAUUGCAACACAGAGAAUGAAGAAGAGCUGUUCCUCAUCCAGGAUCAGCAGGGCCUCAUUACACUGGGCUGGAUCCACACCCAUCCCACCCAGACCGCCUUCCUCUCCAGUGUUGACCUGCACACGCACUGCUCCUACCAGAUGAUGUUGCCGGAAUCCAUAGCCAUCGUCUGUUCCCCCAAGUUUCAGGAAACUGGAUUUUUUAAACUAACUGAUCAUGGGCUAGAAGAGAUCUCUUCCUGUCGCCAAAAAGGAUUUCACCCUCACAGCAAGGAUCCACCUUUGUUCUGUAGCUGCAGCCACGUGACUGUCGUGGACAGAGCCGUGACCAUCACAGACCUUCGAUGAGACACCUCUAAGAACCAGAGAGCACAUCAGUGUACUGCAGCCCCCUCCUUUAAGCUUUCCAGGGAGAGAACUUUGGAAGCUUUUCUUAGAACAGAAAGUAGGGGGCAUCAGCUGGGAGAGAACUGAUUUUCUGUUUUUGUUUGAAAAGAAUUAAUUGGAGCAUAUUUUCUAAGCAAGUCUGAAAAAGCAUGACCAUACUAAAGUAAUUGUAACCCAAAAAUUAAGUUGGAAAACAGGUAUAACGGACACCCAUAUACACUUUCUUCUAGAUUCUCCAGCUAACAUUGUUUUCCUCUCAAUGAUUCUUCUAAUUUAUCUGCCAACUUGUUCUUUACUUUAGGACUAAAUCAGGGCAUCUUUGCAGAGAUUUGGAAGCCAUUUAGGAAAUGACUGGAGUUUUUCUGUGCUUUCUGGGCAUGUCAAUGAAGUUGCUAUGUGAGGGACUGCUCCCGCUAUCCAUCCAGACGGGGAGACUGACAACCCCUGAAGGGUGAUUGUUUUCAGGAAUCGUUUAUGUAACAAAUGUUUCAGGAUAUUUUUCUUCUACAAUAAAAUAACAUUUAACUUACGCUUAUGUUCUAGAGUGAUCCAUCUGUAUCAUAGAAACAGGGUUAAAUUGGAAGUUGUGGGAAAGGGGAGCAGAACAUGGAGUUUGAGAUGGGCUGACAUCUAAGGUGAGCCCAGUUCACUCCUCAUUGUUCACUGUUUUCUCUCUGCCUGUUGUGAUCUUCCAGGGGUAUGAAGUCGUUGCUGUUCUUUUGGUGCUCCCUCAAGUGGCUCAUCCCAUUCGCCUCCUCCUCGUGCCCUGCGAGCUUUUGGUGCUCCCUCAAGUGGCUCAUCCCAUUUGCCUCCUCCUUGUGCCCUGCGAGCUUUUGGUGCUCCCUCAAGUGGCUUAUCCUAUUCGCCUCCUCCUCGUACCCUGCGAGCUUUCAGCGGCAGAUGAUGGAGCCUUUAUGUGGAGAAGCAGGUUAUACUGAAAACAGAUGAUUACACUCCCUUACCACCCCACCCUGCUAAUUCCCCUGUGUUGCUUUUUCUUUUCUGACUUAGGCAGCACGUAGGACGGUGUUUGAAGUUGCAUUUGGUCCUGUAUUUUUCUUUCAGUGAGCUGGUCCUAGUGUUCCAGGGUAGCACAGAAACAGUAGUGUUAUUUGUUACUUCUUCUGUGAGGGCAAGAGAGUAAAUCCUUUGGAGAGAGAAAUUAUUUCUUUUUGUAGUAGAAUUUCAGCAAAGAGGGUGGAGGAAAGGGUAUGUGACAUCUUGAAGUUUUGCUUGAUUUAAAAUAUUUUCUGUAUUGAGUAUGUCUCAUCUUUAUUGCUUGGGCUGAUGGUUCUGUAAGCAUCCACCUGAAAGAGCCAAGUCUCCCAUUCUUAUUUUCUUCUCUUGGGUUAAUUCCCAGGAUAAAGGGAAACUCCUUGGCAUGGAUUGAAAUAGGAGGCCACGUGGGUUUGGGCUUUGGAAAGAGUUCCCAAAGGAACUGUGUGCUGUGGCCGAGAGGCAGCCUGGCUGGCCCCUCUCCCCCGCCCUCAGCAGUUCUGAAAAUGCCCACUCUUGCACUUGAACCAAGAAGACUACCCUCUUCUCUCCAUUCUCUGGGCCACCUCUUGGUUUAGGUCUUUCUGGCCCUUCCUGUGGACUACUGCAUAAGCUUUUGCUCCCUCUCUCGGUGUUUAGUGUUUCUUCAUUCCAGUCUGUCCUGUACACUGUGAUCAGCAAAAGCCUCCUGCGUGAUGGCCAUCACAUGUCUCCUCCCUUGUUCAAAGCCCUGCAGUAGCAUUCCAUUGCCUACGGCCUCACUUUAGCCUUUACUCAGAACUUGGCACUUAAUAUCCACAGAAAGUUCUUAACUGUGGCUACACAUUCAAAUACCUGCAACACUUUCUAAAAGAUCCUGGUGCGUGCCCCACCCCACACCAAUUGCAUCUGAAUCUCUGGACUGUGCUGCCAAACUUUAUUUUUGUUUUGUCUUAACCAUUAAAGCUUCUGGGCUUCUUAGUAGCAGCCAGGAUUGAAAACCACAUCACCAGGCAUUUGUACUGAAGACUCACAAGCUCUCAUCAGUCUGCACAUAGAGACAUUCAGCAAAUGUCUCUUCAAAGUAAUGGAUGUAUCAGACACUGCAAGUCUUGUCAUCACUGACUGAUUACCUAAGUGUCCUUGAGCACAAGAUGUCUUAGUGACUCAGUGGGCACAGGGAAUCUGCCACAGUGUAGCCACAGAGGCACUCUGGGAGUAUUUCAAUGUCUCUCUCCCUCCCUGUCAUACUCCUGGGGAAGAGGAUGAGGUGAUAUUGAGCCAACCCACCAGGCAAGCAGGAAGACUGGAUAGGCUAGUGGGACAAAGCAGGAAUAGAGCAGUAAGGAAAGGAAGAAGUAAAGGAAAGGGACUUAGAACAUGAAACCUGGCGAAAGUGGGUACUCUUGAUAGGGUAAGAAUUUCUGGGCUGAAGAGAAUGAUUCCUGUGCUCCCGUACCUCACAGGUCAGGAGGUUUUCUGCUCUCCCAGAUUGCACAGUGUCAUAUUUAGUAGUCUGGGCUGAGGCAGAAGACAGAAGUGGUGUCUUCGUGUAUCUCAGUAAGUGAG